AAAGAAUGGGCCUUUCUGUAUGUCGAAGUACCAAUUCUGAAUCCUUCAUCUUGGCAUGGCAAAAUGUAACGAUUAUGCUACCAUGCCGCAUGUGUGUGGAAGAUAUAAAGACAGCGACGCUCGCUGUGUCUCAUGGACGUGCGUAUCCUGUCUCGCGACCGUUCAUCGAGGCAUCGUCUAGUCGUAAUGGCGACACAUGACUCCGCCAAGGCACCUUCAAUUGAAGAUGUCUCUCUCCCCAUCUCAGACUCGCCAUCGAUUGACGACUCCACGCGCAAAUGGUACUACGGCACGCUCUUCAAUGCUUGCGUCAUUGGCGGCGUGGGCUUCCUCGCGCCCGGUCUAUGGAACGCCAUGAACGACCUUGGGGCCGGAGGAGCACUCGACCCGUACCUCGUUAACGCCGCCAACGCGCUCGUCUUCGGCAUCAUGGGCUUCUUCUGCCUCUUCGGCGGCCCAAUCGCAAACCGCAUCGGCUUCGCUAAUACGCUGUUCCUGGGCGCUAUCGGCUACCCCAUCUACUCCGCCGGCCUGUACGCUAACAAUCGCUACGGCAACGUCUGGCUCGUCCUCGUCGGCGCAGUGUGCUGCGGUAUCUCCGCGGGUCUGUUCUGGGUCAGCGAAGGCGCAGUCGCACUCGGCUACCCCGAGCCCGGCAAGCGAGGCAAGUACAUGAACAUCUGGCUGUGGUUCCGCACGGGCGGGCCCCUGGUCGGCGGCGCCAUCGUCCUCGCGCUGAACCACAGCGCCGCCGCCAAGAAGAAGGGCAAAGUCGGGUACCAGGUGUACCUCGUCUUCAUCGCGCUGCAGUGCGUGGCCUGCCCGCUCGCGCUGGCGCUCAGCCCUCCGCACAAAGUCCAGCGCUCCGACGGCAGCCGCGUGACAAUGCAACGCUCAACCUCGUUCAAGGCUGAGUUCAAAGCCCUCUGGCGCGUCAGCACGCGCAGGGACGUCCUGCUCCUGCUCCCCGUCUUCUACGCCGCCUACUUCAACCAGUACAGCUCAAACUUCAAAGCGUACUACUUCGGCGUGCGCGCCCGCGCCCUCAUCGGCCUCGCAUCCAACGCCGCCACCCUGCUGUCCUCGCUGCUCAUCAGCACCUUCCUCGACGCCCGCCGCCUGCGCGUCAAGACCCGCAUCACCUGGUCCUUCUUCUACGUCGUCGGCCUGCACGCCGUCGCGUGGGCGUACGGCUGGGCCAUGCAGGAGAAGUACACGCGCACGCGGCCCGAGUUCGACUGGGCCGACGCGGGCUUCGCGCAGGCCUUGUGCGUGCUGAUGCUGUGGGACUUUGCCCGCCAGGCGCUGCAGAACUGGCUGUAUUACCUGCUCGCGACCAAGACGGACGACAUGGCCGAGCUGAGCCGGUUUGCGGGCGUGCUGAGGGGCCAGGAGAGCUUCGGGCAGGCCGUUGCGUUUGGGCUGAAUACGCGGAAGUGGGAGGGCGGGCGCGUGCCGUUGGGCGUAACCACGGCGUUGCUGCUGCUGAGUGUGUAUCCUACGUGGCUUGUGGUUCGGGACCAUGUUCCUGUUGAGGCGGCGGAUGCGAGGGAAGGGACGGUUGCUGAUCAUCCUGCGCUACAGCAGGUGACGUUGGAGGAGAAGAGGAAAUUUGCCGAGGGAGAGGCGGCGCUGGGACGUAAUGUGUAGGUAGGCUGCUCUCAAUCAGUCGUUGAGGGCACAGUGGCAGACGUAGAUGUGAGAAGAAAAACAAGACUUCGAGGACGGGAGGGAGAAAUCGUGAAAGCCAAUUGUGAGUCAUUACAGUACUACGUCGCUCAAUUAUGCCAUGCACAUGCC